AUGAAGUCCAUAGAGAUAUUUUUAUACCGAUUACUUUGCAGGUUACGACCCAGAUGCAAUUGCAAAAAUUCUUGAAGUUUUUGACAGCAAGUGAGAAGUUUUAGACAAAGUCGGCAGAUUUUUACAAGGAAAAAGUUUUUCAAUGAAGAUCAGCAUUUUGAAAGAAUUGAGGUUUUUAGCCAAGACUAUUUAGCAAAUAUAUCUUCUAAAUUCCAAGCUUAUAAAUCCCACUUCAGUAUAUUAGCUCACAUGGAUGAGUAUCUUUCGAGGCUAAGAUUGAAAUUUAAUGCAGCAAAAUCUUACUGGGAAAUUAAAAUUAAUUUAAAAAUCAUUUAA